AUGUACUACAUUGCUGAUCGAAUGAACCAAGGCAGAGAUGGCAAGUGGGCACUGGUCUCCUUGCUGACUCCCACCCGUUCCUUUCCCAAAUUGCCCCUCCGCCGCAGCCCCCAAAUUAAAGCGGCGCUUGUGCGUCUGUUUUCCUUCAGUAGGCUGGAAGGUGAAAUGUACGACGAAGAGGGCAACACUCUUUCGGACUAUGCCUUUGACAGCGAACCCCUCAGUAUAGCCGACCCUUCCUCCAUGCUGGACGACGUGUACACUUUGUAUUACCCGCCGGAAAAAAGGCACGCAGAUGGGAUAUUUAAUAAAGCCUACAGAAAAGUGCUGGGCCAGUUAUCUGCAAGGAAGUAUCUGCAUUCUCUGAUGGCCAAGAGGGUGGGUGGAGCCAGCAGCCUGGAGGACGACUCGGAACCACUUUCCAAAAGGCAUUCGGACGGCAUAUUCACAGACAGCUACAGCCGCUACCGAAAACAAAUGGCUGUCAAGAAAUACUUGGCAGCAGUCCUGGGUAAAAGGGUUGAAGGAGUAACUGUCCUCCAUUUGCUAUUGUACACUGACAAAAAUACCCUGUUCCAAGGGGAUUAUGAUGCUCUUGAGCAGACAGUAUCUCUGGCCCCAGUGAGUCUCUUCCCAGGCUCCUUUAAAAAGGCCCUCAGUCACCCCCCCUCCCGCCGUCUCCCCAUCUAAGGCUAGAGAAGGCUUUGCCCUGCUUUCUUGACCUCUUUUAAGGAAUCAGUCUCUCCCCCCCCCCAUGAAGAGUGAGCUUACUCAGGGCUGUGCAGUGUGCAGCACGAACCUGCCUGCUGCCCUCUAGUCUUUCUUUGACCCUCCUACACCCACUCAGCAGAUCUUCCCGCUCCCUCAAAAUUAUGGGUGAACUAACCAUUUCGGUCCGCUUAAAGCUCAGUACAGAACUGCAGCUGCUCCUGUU